AUGGCAUUGGAGAGCUCGUCUACGAAGAUUCACCACACCACAGAUAACGGCAAACUAUACUAUGCGCCAGGAUCAGAUGGCUACAAUACACCGUCCGUUGAGUUGACGGACUUUGCACCCUUUGGCAAUAUCUUGAAUCCCUCGGAUGGAUCAAUUAAACAUCUAGCGCCUCCUCGCGUGGACAACCACGAUGGUGCAGCCUUUUCUUCAGACCACCCACCUGUUUCAUCAGAGACAACAGUAGUAGACAGCUUCCCAGAUGGCGGAACCCGAUCAUGGCUCGUCGUACUGGGAUCGUUCUUGCUUUUAAUGGCUUCCUAUGGCAUGAUGAACUCCGUCGGCGUCUUUCAGUCUUACCUGGAGACUAACCAGCUCUCAUCAUACAGUAGCGCCGACGUCGGCUGGAUACCGAGUAGCUUUGUCUUCGUUGCAUUACUUCUUGGUGUCUAUGUUGGCCCAUUGUUUGAUUCACACGGGCCCAAGCUGCUCGUCUACGGAGGCUCCGUCAUCUUCAUGGUCAGCCUUCUUUUGUUUGCCGAGUGCAGGCACUACUGGCAGUUCCUUUUGAGCUUUGGUGUGAUAGGUGGUAUCGGCGCUGCUCUCGUGAGCACAGUGGCCAUGGCAUGUGUUCCACAUUGGUUCGAGAUUCGCGCUGGUAUGGCUAUAGGGACGGCUUUGGCUGGUAGUGGGUUGGGAGGCAUUGUGUUCCCCUUCGUGAUGCGAGCAGGGUUCUCCAACAUUGGCUUCAAGUGGACCAUGAGGGUGCUUGCUUUUGUGGUUGGGUUCUUGUGUCUCCUUGGUUCAUUCAUGGUUCGGGCGAGAUUGCCGAAAAAGAAAUCAUCCAAGGCGGUUAUUGAUUUGAGAUGUUUCAAGGAUCUGAAAUUCACAUGGAUGACCUUGAGUACGUUUUGUCUGGAGCUGCAAUACUUCUCAUUACUCGGAAUGUAUCCGAUAUACAUCAUCGCUCAAGGCUUUUCGACAGACCUAAGUGUCAUCCUGCUUGUCAUCCUGAACGUUUUUGGAACGAUUGGUCGUCUAAUCGCUGGGCGCAUAGCCGAUCGCUAUGGACGCUUGAACACCCUUACUGUCGCCGUCUUCCUUACUACCCUCUGGCUUUUUGUUCUACUCUAUCCGUUCCAGAAAUCAGUACCGGUCCUUUACGUAUUUAGUUGUCUAUACGGGUUAACGGCAUCUGCCUUCAUUAGUGUCUCCCCAGUCUGUAUUCGACAGAUUUCUGAUGCGAAGGAGAUUGGACUAAGGUUUGGGACGUGUUAUUCGGUUGUCAGUUUUGCCCUACUAGUUAGUAUUCCCGUUACUGGUGAAUUGAUGCAGAGGGGUGGACCAAAAGCAAUGAUUAUAUGGUCUGGGGCGCUGCUGGUGUGGUCAUCAUUCCUUCUAGCCUUGACGAGAUGGACUUGUUUAGGAUAUACCUGGAAAUGGAUAGUCAAGGUCUAA